UGUACGAAAUGUCCUACACUCUUGUCAUUUUUGUAUCUGAAGAAUAUAGAGGUUAUAUAGGUUAUGUCAUAUGGAAUGAAUUCUCAUGACUUGACCGGCCUGAUAAAUGAGGAACAAUCUUAGCAAUCAUUGAUAAAGAAAUUUAUUUUUGCAUUAUAUUUGAAAUAAGCAAAACUAAAUGAUUGCUCCAUUCAUGAGGUAGUCUGCUGUCAUUAGUUGUCAUCCCGUUAAUACGAUAAAAAUUCAGGGUAUGUUGCCUUGAUGGUGAGAUGCAAAGUUCUACAAGAUCUGAUUUGCCGAAACAAACAGUCGAUAAGAAGAGCCAAGCAGUUCUCGAUUUACAAAUAACAGAUAAAGAUUCGCGCAAUUAGAAAAAAAUAUUUCAACAUUAAUUUCGAUAUAUUAUGAAGUACAAGUUUCACGAAGGAGUCAAAUGAAAUUGUAAAUCUGUCAUUAUCAUUAUCAUUACACUUUUCGCAAAAACAUGAAGCCGAAUGACGUGUUCGACGAAUUACAAAACUGUCAAGAGGAUGUGCCAAUUUUUCGAAAAUUGAUAAGCAUCACGCCCUUGCACGAUCGUUCUGCAAGCGAAGGGAUAGAAGAAUGGCAAAUGGUUCUGGCGCAUAUUGUAGAGAUAAUCAGUAGCAAUUCCGAAUUAGGAAAUGAUCGUAUCCUGUUAGCGACUAAUGCGUUCUACGCUUUGCUCUCGGCACGAUGUACUUCGCAAUUUUUGAACAUUGCAGUGCAAUUUCAAGCGCUGGAGUCGCAUGAUUUGUGCUUUCUCGACAAACAAUACACUGUUUGCGAUCUUGAAUUAUUCAAGUUACUGAACGCUUAUGGAUAUCUACAGACGAAUCAAACAGAUAUGGCCAAAUACGACGCUCUUUUUCUUAUGAUUGAUCAAAUAUACAUAAAUUGUAUAACAUACACCAAAUAUUCUUACUUCGCGUAUAAGGUGUUAUACAUAUGGUUGAAGAGGUUUCAGAAGAUGUCCGAUGUGGCUUUCCAACGCGAAAAUGAUUGUAUAAUAGAACGAAAGUUAGAGGCCAUUAUAUUCACUAAUUGGUCAAAUGCAAUUAAUGACAUAUGCAAGCAGAACGCACAAAUUUUUAAUAUAUAUCUUCAAAUAAUGUCACAGAAAUAUGGUGAAGCAUUUCUAGUUUAUAUGUUCAAAAAGUGUUGCAACUGCAUGUCGUGGCAAAACGAAACAAAAUAUAAUAUCUUGGCGGAAAUUUUUCAAGUACAAAAUGCACUCAAACUUAUAAUGAGUUCGAACAUUUCAUACACCUUUCAAUCGCGUAAACUUUUCCAUUACUUUAUAUAUAGCUUAUGCAUUGCUUUAACAAGAAAUUCUUUACGUUGUGGCAGCACGAGAGUUUACCUAGUAAUGUUAAGAAAAUUGGACAAGAACGAAUGGAAAAUAUGGUUUAAAAAGAUUAUAAAACUUUUUAUUCAUCGUUGGGAAUCAGGAGAACAUGAGGAUCACGGUGCUCUUCAAUCAUUGUGCAAGUAUUGGCUCGAACCUACUAUUAAAAUGUACAGAGACUUUCUGCCGCUUUUGUGGAAAUUAAGUAACCAAUUGCAAGGAUACUUCUUUCGUUCGUACUUACAAAGAAUAGCUGCUGAAUUACACAUAGAUCUGCAAGUAGAUGAUAUCGAAAAUUACAUGAAAGAUAAAGAAGAAAUCAUACGAUUAAACGCUUUUGCUGUGGUUUGCCAUUGUGCUGGCGAUUUAAUCGAUAUUAACAAAGAGAAUCCUUUCUCGCUGAUAAAACAAUUUCUAUGGUUUAAUGCCAAUGCUGCAACAGUCUUUAUGAGAGAAGGGAUAAUCAAAUAUUUUAAAACAUUCAUCUCAAGUAUCUUAAAAAUGAUUAGCACUGAGGCCGAUUGCCCACAAUCAAUUUAUGAGUUCAUGGAAUGGUUGCACGAAUAUUUCCUGGAUUGUUUCGAAAUUGGCUCGUGUUACCAACGUAAAAUCCUGGCUUUAAACUUGUAUAAAACUUUGCUCUCUUUCAUGAAUCAACAUUCACAAAAGAAUUGUGCUCGCCAUGGGGAAUGCCUUCGUUGUAUCACGGUGAUCGACAAGCACUUGAAGACCAGUCAUAGUUGGAGGUUUACCAACAAGGAGAGCUUGUUUAUAUUAUUAAGACUUGUACUGGAUUCUGCACUUGAUGUCACACAAUUAGCUACUACGCUUAUUCUGGAAUACUUUGAAAAAGAUAUUUUGUCAAUUACGGAAAAACAGGUACUGUACGAUUGUGGAUGGGAACAUUGCAAUUCUUCCAAAUUCUACAAAAUUGAAAGUGGAGCAGCCUUCAUAAAGAUCAUAGCACACUGGUCGCCCUUGAAUGAAACUUCUAAAGACGUGCCUGUAAUAUUUUCGAAUGCUGAACACAAUAUUCUCUCUUAUUCGAGUUACUCAAAAUUUCUAUUGGACGAAGCUCGAUGUCAAUUAGCACAAGUAAAAAGCGAUAUUUUAAAAGCCAUAGUCCAGAAUAGACCUUUCUAUGGCAUAUUGACUGCUUUGCUGACAAUUGCUUUUCGCAAUGGCCCAGAGAACUGGAUUUUAACGUCACUAUUUACGGAAGAAGUGUUAAAUCUUUUGAAAGAUGCCAUCAACUUCUUUUUAUCUGCAUUAUCUACGGAAGCAUCGACUACGGAUUAUUCCUCUUCAUUUGCCGAAAUGGGACUAGCCAUCAAUGAGAAAAUCAAGACAAGUGAAGUAGACAAUUCUAAUUAUGAUGAAUUGCAAUUAUCGCCCGCACAUCAAAUGCUUAUGUCGUGUAUCUGGAUGUCCUUAAAGGUGUCGUGUGAGAUUGUUAGCGAAAUCGGGAUGUUGGCGCAUUCAGAUGCACAAGUAAAAUGUUCCAUGGAUAUUAUCGUUACAGUACUAUUGAAGUGCCGGCAUAAAGGCGUAAUAGAAUCUGCUGGGGUAGCAAUUGCGAAUUUAUCCAGAUGUUUGUACAACAAAAAGGAAUACUCCGAGCUGCCGAAAACAUAUCUGACACGUUUGCUGGAGGAAGAUAUGGAAAAAUCGUUGCACUUAACGCGACGGGGUGCCGGACUGUCGAUUAUGUUUCACAGAUUGGUCGUCAGCGAUAAUCGGCGAGAUCGACCUAUGGCGCAUCUCGCGGUACAGAUGUUAUUGCGCUCGCUGAAAAACUCGAUGACAGCCGUCGAGAAUGUAGAAGUCGGAGACGACUCACCGUGGGCGAAACGUCUGCACUUCCUGCGCGCAUUGGUAGCUGAUAAAGAGAUACACUCGCAGUUAGUUAUGUACAUGGAGGAUAUUUGUUUAACGUGUUUCAAGUAUAUGGAAUCCGACGUUUGGACUGUAAGGAACGCAAGCUUGCAACUGUACGGCGCCGUGGUGCCAAGAUUGGUGGGCCAGUGUUCCGGGCGAGGUAGCGGCGCGUUGGACUUCGGCAACGGUUACUCCGUCAAUCACUUCAUGACGCAUUUUCCAAAGUUGAAGUUUUUUAUAUGGAUACAAUUAUGGAAAAUCUCAAAGAUGUGCGGAACUUCGAACGUGGCGCUACGUUCCUAUUCGAGCAUCGUACACAUACUCAUAUUGUUAUCCAAACUGUCGACGAACGAUGGUAUUUUCGAUUAUCCCACGAAAGAAUGUAGGGAAAACAUGAAAUAUUUAUUGCGCGAUUUUCUCGGUAAUCCGAUGAUACACGUCAGACAAUUGGUCGCUAAAGCAUAUACAGCUCUCACGGCUUUCAGCUUUAUUACGUUGGAAAUAGAAAAUGCCAAGAAGGAAAUAGAAAAUACUCUUUCAACUCAUGAUGCUAAUACGUUGCAUGGAUACUUAUUAAUUUCUAGUUAUUUAAAAGAAAAAUUGAUUGAAGACGAUAUACACUUUGAAACACCGGAAAACAUUGACACAUCCAACUUGACAGAUGAGUUAAGCAAAUUCAUGUACUUCACAGGGAACACGAUGCAAUCAUGUUAUAUGGUAAAAAUAUUAUUUCUUCAGCAAUUUAAAAUAUCCCAUUUACGUCUUAUGAGUACACCAGCGAUCUGUUCUCAUCUUCCAGUAAUUGAAUAUAUAAUGUUGUCAGAAACACAAGAGAAAAUUCAACCUGGAUUUUUUCAGUUUGUUGGAUACUGGGCGCGGCUAUAUGCGAUCGAUACUAAAUGCUGGAUCCCAAUUAAUGAAUCAAAUCCCCAAUCAAACGAAUCAAAUCUCCAAUUAGAACUAAGAUUCGAUCAACAUUAUGUAUAUCAUAUUCUGAAUUCAAAUUGUCCUGAGAUACCGAUCGAAUUCUUGAAAGGUUUGUCUCACUGGAUUCCUCUACUUGAAUUUAUUCUCAGAUACUUAAUGUCGAUAAAGAAUAAGCGCCACCAGUUAGUACUCGACGAAAUGGUAACGUUUACGUUAAAAACUAUAAAACAUGCUAGUUUGGAAAUUAAUUGGCUAUCAAGCGAUAGCGGAUCAAUCGAUCAGAUAAAAUUAAAUAAGCCAAAAUUUGAUAAAAUAACAGAAGAGUUUAAUCAGAUUGAGAUGACCGUCGCCAAUUCAUAUAUGAUUCCUGUGAAAAAUUCACUGAUUCUAGCAUUUUCUAAUUGCAAAGCGUCGAUAAAUGAAGUGCUGUCGCACGUUCUCGACUUAUGUAUGGACGAAAAAGAAUCCGUGAGAUUGAGAGCAGUGGAAUACAUCGAAAUUACGCUGCAUAGUUUCCAACUAUUAAACGAUAGAAACCAAUUAACGAUUAUGCAAUGUUGUUUGAUUUUGUUGAAAGACGAGAUUGCAGAAAUACGCAAGAUCGUAUCGAUGUUGGUGCAAAAAUACACGAAUAGUAGUAUUGUCCAUUACACGCUGCAACAUGAAGAGAUCGUGUAUGAACAAAUUUUAUCGAAUAUCCUUAAUCUUCAAUCCGACGUCGACAACGUAGAUUUUAUGCGAUACUUUACAUGCGCCAUCAAAGACGUUGGUCCUAACACAACGAUCGAAAAUCCCUUUAAUCAUGAUGAUGACAUUUUUUAUAAGGAGGAAUCCAAAUUUUUAAAUUUAUGUUUUCUUUAUAAUUCUCGCAGCCAAAACUGCGAUAUUCGUGAGGAUCAUGUCGCCAUACACGCGAUACAAACAAGAGGCUUCAGAAAACUUCAAGAAAAAGCUGGCUUUAGCUACGAUGAUCUGCGAACGAUUUUGUAUCUAAAAGACGUGGAUUAUUUUAUACGAAAACGAGAUUCUGUUGCGCAACAGCAGAAGUAGUACAAUUCUCAUCCGUUCAUUUUUUGAUUGAAAGUGUGAUAUGCAAAAUAAUACCGAUUCGAUAUUUAAAGUUUUGAUUGUAGCUUUAUCUGUGUGUAACAUUGAUCUCACUAUUAAUAGUGUACACUUUAAACUCUCAAAUCUGUAAGAUGACUGUGGUCUAUGAGAGUUAAUUCUUUAAUUUAGGUUUUUAUUUUAAAAUUAAUGUUGUAAAAAAUAAUACUGAGUGAGACCAAUAAUAUAAAUAAUUAAUACGAUUAUAAAAAAAUGGGCCAUUUUGCAUUUCAUGAAUUGUAUUAAUUGUCGCAGAUAUUAACAUAACAAAUGUAAUUCAGUUGAAAAUAAACGAGCAUGUGCGGAAACGAUCAAAUUACACAACUAACUACAUCGAAACAAAUGUGAAAUGUUUUUUAAAAUUUGUGUUACCUCGAAAUUAAUGUAGUAUUUAUAAGAUAUUUCUACAAAGAUUUCUACAGAUUUCUACAGUUAUAUACAUAUGACAAUUAGUAAAAUCAAUUGAAAAGGCACAGAAGUCUAGUUUUUCAAGUCAUACAAAGUACACGAUUAAAAACUUUAUUUUGGUCUGCUUUGUAAUUGGGAAAAAUAUAUAUAUAUAUAUAUGUGUGUAUAUAUAUAUAAUUAUAUAUAAUAUAUAUAAUGUUGUAUGCGCCUGAUAGGAACUUUGGGCUACAGAUUAUGUCGGGUACAAUCGUCGUUUAGGUAACAUACUGAUUAAAAAGAAAAAAAUCUUAAACAUACGCGAAUGUCAUUAAUGAAAUAAAAAAUGAGAAAACAUCUUACGCCUAUGCUAAAACUAAAGUUUUAUUAAAUCUAAGGGCCAUGGUAUACGGAUGACCUACUUGCAAUUAUGAUCAAGUAGUGUAUAGAGUUUUUAAAACUUUUCUAUAGAAAUGUAUGUGGAAGAUCGAGGCACGCUUGGCUGCAUCGACUUGCAGCGCGACUGAAUGACUGUAGCUCCUGUAUCAUGUGCCUAAACAUAUAUACAUUGGUAACAAAGAUAAAUAUAAAAUAGUGUGUAUACUAUGAUACAAUAUUUCUACAUCAAUAGUAUGCAGUCCUGACUUGUGCUUGCGUGACUUGCAUUUUCAUAUGUGAAACUCAAUACAUUGUGUAAAUCAUGGAUAGUAGAAAUAACUGGACGGAGAGUGUAAAAUGUAUUUUUGAAACAAAUUCUAAUGAACGCUGAAGCCAAGGCAAAGCGAGAGACACUUAUAGAUAUUUAUAGAUCUAUUGUGAAGCAAUUUGCGAUCAUGGAUGCUACACGUACUGGGCACAUUCAUUAUAUUUUGCCUCUUAUAAUUUUUGCUUAAAUGCUCCAUCCAGUUAUUUUUUAUCUUCAUGAUUUAAAUCGGAAUCGAGAGAAAAAGAGAAGAGAAGAGAAGAAUGAAAUUCAUAUUCAUAAAAAAAGGAAACAUUUUAAUUAUUUUUCUAAUUUAGGCGUCCAUGCUAAUCAUG